AUAGACCAAAGUGUGGGGUAUGGAGUCGUAGUCGGAGUUGGCUUCUUCUUUGCCGCGCUCAUGCUAGCACUCACCGCGCUGCAAACUAAGUUCUCGAGGUUCUCUCCAUCCUCUUCUGAGGAGUUCUCGAGCGCAUCAAGAAGCGUGAAGCCAGGACUAGUAUGUUGUGGGAUUGUCAGCGCGUGGACAUGGAGCGCAACUUUGCUUCAAUCGAGCACGGCAGCGUACACCUUUGGUGAGUACCUUCUUAAGACAUGGAAGUGGUAUGGUGUCGGAGGGACGAUACAGCUCGCGAUAUUCGGUAUGGUCGCUGCGAAGGUCAAGAUGAACGCGAACGGCGCUCAUACCUUCCUCGAGAUAGUGAAAGUGCGCUUUGGAACAGGAGCACAUCUCCUCUUCACAUUCUAUGCCUUCCUCUGCAUUUUGGUCGUGUGCGGAUCGCUCCUAUUGGGAGGGGCGGCUACUGUAAACGCGCUGACAGGGAUGAACAUCAUCGCGGCAUGCUUCCUGCUCCCCAUUGGAAUCGCUGUCUACGUCAUCUUCGGCGGGCUGCGCGCUACUUUCAUCUGUGACUACGCGCAUACUUUGAUUCUGUUCGUGAUCAUCUAUUUCUUCUUCGGGAAGGUCUAUGGGACUUCCGAGGCCACCGGCAGCAUCGGAGCCAUGUACGACUUGCUAGUUCAAGCUGGCAAAGACACGCCGGUCGUCGGGAACACAGAAGGCAGCUAUCUGACGAUGAAGUCGAACCAAGGCCUCGUCUUCGGAGCAGCCACUAUCAUGAGCGGUUUUUCCGGAGUCUUUUGUGAUCAAGGAUACUGGCAGAGGGCUAUAGCAAGCGCUCCUAAGUCUACGACUAAAGCAUAUGUGCUGGGCGGUCUGUCGUGGUUCGCCAUUCCGUGGGGGUUCGCUUCCUGCCUCGGCCUCGCUGCCCGCGCCUUAGUUACCAACCCUAAAUUUCCAACCUACCCGAAUCCUUUGUCCAUCUCCCAGACGAGCGCUGGGCUCGCGGCGCCUGCCGCAGCCGCGGUGGUGAUGGGUAAAGGAGGCGCAAUAGCCAUCCUGCUCGUCGUCUUCAUGGCGGUCACAUCCGCAGUCAGCUCCGAAAUGAUCGCAGUCUCCAGUCUUUUCUCACAUAGGUUCAGCUUGUACCGCACUUACUUUCGCCCCAAAGCGACCAGCGCGGAGAUUGUGCGGGUGUCGCACUACUUCAUUUGCUUCUGGGCAAUAUGGGCCGGAUGCUGGGCCACUAUACUGAACGCGGGUGGCGUUGAUCUAGGCUGGCUUUUCUACGUCCAGGGCGUAGUGUUAAGUCCUGCAGUCAUUCCUAUCACCCUGACCGUCAUGUGGUCGAAGCUGACCCGUGCAGGCGUCCUCGCGGGAAGCAUCAUUGGGGCGAUACUUGGCAUGCUAGCGUGGAUGAUAGGCUGCUGGAAGAUAUUUGGUGAGUAUGAGCGUGUCAUUAACAUCACUACCCUCGCUGAACCUUACUCUGCCGUCUGCAGUGCCCUGACUGGACUGCUGUUCUCGGGACUGAUCACGGUGCUCGUGUCGCUUGCGAAGCCGGAUAAAUAUGACUUCACAGGCACGCGCGCGAUUGCAAUGUAUGACGACGCGUCCCGCAACGACAGCAGGGAGGACAUCAAGCCCGAGGAAUCAGGGAACAGCAGUCCCAUAGAGACCUCGCCCGUCGUCGACAAAGAGAUGUCCGAAGACUCGACGACGGCGCAAGUCCUGAUCGUGCAGGGAGACGGCCAAGCUGUCAGCAGCGCGGAGCUGAGAUCGGUCUUCAAGCGUGCGGCGUGGUACUCCUUGCUGCUCACGGUGAUCGUCUGUCUCGUCGUCCCCUUCCCUAUGUUCUUCACGCACUAUGUGUUCAGCAAGGGCUUUUACACGUUUUGGGUGGCAUGCACAAUCAUCUGGGCGGCGAUGAGCGGGGUCUUCUGUAUGGUCCUGCCAUUGUGGGAGUCUAGGAAAGAGAUGAUGCUCAUCAUUGGAGGCCUUUUGAGACUCAAUUAG